CACUCUACCACUUGAGCCACUCCCCAGCCAAAGAGGUUUAUUUUUAAGUGUCUCCCUCCACAAAAACAGUGACCUGCAAUAGUGUCUUGAGUUGAGUUCUGGAAAGUGGGUGAGUGACACUGUUGUUUGAAGGUCCAUCUCUCAGGAAGGUGCAAGCCUGCGUUGUUCCAACUUGGGCACAGUGAGACCAGAGGGUGAAAAGCGAGCCUCUUCCUCUGGCAAGGAGUGUCCUACUACUGACAUUCAGGGCUGGACAUCCCGUUUCUUUGUGGGGAAGCAGAUGUUGACUGGCUUGCCUUCCUUCCUUAGGUGGUUUUUUGGCAAAAUCCCCAGAGCCAAGGCAGAAGAAAUGCUUAGCAAACAGAGGCAUGAUGGGGCCUUUCUGAUCCGCGAGAGUGAGAGUGCGCCUGGGGAUUUUUCCCUCUCUGUCAAGUUUGGAAAUGAUGUGCAGCACUUCAAGGUGCUCCGUGAUGGAGCUGGAAAGUACUUCCUCUGGGUGGUGAAGUUCAAUUCUUUGAACGAGCUGGUAGAUUAUCACAGAUCGACAUCUGUGUCUAGGAACCAGCAGAUAUUUCUGCGGGAUAUAGAGCAGGUGCCACAGCCAACGUACGUCCAGGCUCUCUUUGACUUUGACCCCCAGGAGGAUGGUGAGCUGGGCUUCCGCCGGGGAGACUUCAUCCACGUCAUGGAUAACUCAGAUCCCAAUUGGUGGAAGGGGGCUUGCCAUGGGCAGACCGGCAUGUUUCCCCGCAAUUAUGUCACCCCUGUGAACCGGAACGUCUAACAAGCAAGAGAGAUUAUUUAAAGAAAUUGAAAACAUACAAAUGAAUUACACCUACAAGCUGCCUCUAACAGCAGCCUAUGAGGGAGCUCAGAACACCUGGCUGGGUCACACUGGUGACCAUCUCACUUUGGUUGGAACUUUGGGGGAGGGGUGGGAACGGGUGUUGGAUAUCAAAAUGCCAAAACUUACCUAUUGAAUUAAGAGUUUUUAUUACAGAUCUCACUGCUGCUCCCGUUUCCCUCCUGUGUCCUUUUUCUCGUCCUUUUUCUCCUAUCCUUCAGUGCAUGACGUUUAAGCCACAUAUAGUCCCAGCUGAUGCCAAUAAUAAAGAAAAGAAACAAAGUGGGCUGGUAUUUUCUCUAUGCAAAAUGUCUGUUUUAGUGGAACUGACUGAAAAAAGAACAACUUGUCUGUGUUCUUCAUAUAUACACACAAAAAGGAGUGGGCAGGGUGGCUGGGGCCCCUGCUGUUGAGCCUCUGCCAGAGGAGGGCCGGAGGGACCUGCUGCCAGCCCCAGUUGGACUCAGCGGGGAAAGGAGGGUGCAUUGCCCACGCCUGUGGCACUUGAGAAAGUCAAACUGCAAACCUGCGCCUCUCCACGUGUCUCCUCCAGAUGUUGUUAUUGAAGGUGUCGUUUUCAUAGUGCCUUUUUCCUUAUUUCAAGGGUUGCUUUAUGAGUGCUGUUUUUUAUUUGUUUUGUUUUAGAGUAAGUUAAAGGCAAUUCAGAGCUCUUCAGCCAAUUUGUCUCCAACUCUGUGUAAAUAUUUUUCCCUUGGGGGAGGGGAAAGCAGGGUAGAGAAAGGAGACAAGUAGAGUGGAGAGUGUGAGCGUUCUGCCUGUGCGAAGCCAGAAGCCUUUGCAGGUUCAGCUUUAAUAUUUGGGGUCCCCUCAGAGAUGAGGAGAGCACUGGCCAGGCUGUGGUGGGAGUGGUUGCAGCUCUACCACACCUGCGAUCUGGCUGUAAGGGCAGGCUCAGAAUCCUUGACCUCCAGGUCUCAGUCUGAUCUGCCACUUCUUUCCCCAGAGACCCCCAGCACAAAGUCCGGAGUCAGCAGGUUUUAAAGACGGGGAAGCCAGAGGGGAGCUAGCAUCCAGACUGCCCUUGUUUUGCUGUUGGGUUAUACACCUCCUACACUAGGCAGUGAAUUAAGAGGAUUCACUUUUCAUUUUUCUUACUCUUAAAAUUAGGUCCUGGCUUUCACAUGUGUGUCCUAACUUGCUAGGUAAGCAGCAGGACAGUGAAUUGUAGGUCAUUCCUGUCUCCAUUCACAGUAGACUGUGUUCCUGACUGACCCCCAAACCCCACCCUGAGAGUUUGGGGGAGGCAAAGUAAGGGAGACGGGAAGGCCAAAUCCACUGCAAAGGUCUGUCCUCUUCUGUUAACUUGCGGUUCCUUGUAGUGAUAUGCCUGUAAACUGUUUCUCUCCACCCAGUCUCUCUUCCCGUAACAAAAACAAGGCGCAGUGGGGUCUCCCCUGGUUGUAGAGGUGGACUGCAAUUGGAGUGCCUGAGGCCCAGGAGGAGGUGGGGCUUGUGGAUUGUGAAUAGAGCUGAUUCUCACCUCUCCUGCUCUCUCACUCAACUCUUCUCCCCCUACCCCCCCCCCAUUAUAAAAGGAAUCUCUGGCAUUCUAUACCUGGACCAUUUGAUUGUUUUAUUUUGGAAUUGGUGUAUAUCAUGAAGCCUUGCUGAACUAAGUUUUGUGUGUAUAUAUUUAAAAAAGAAUCAGUGUUUAAAUAAAAUGACCUAUGUACUUAAUCCUUUAACUCUGCAGAUAGCAUUUGAUAGGUAGUGAUUAACUGUGAAUAAUAAACAUACAAUGAAUUCUCCACUCUGUAUCUUUUUUUUCCCCUUACUUAAAAUGAAAUUUUAAAUCUGAGGGGUUAGGGCAGUGCCACAAGACUGGAGUCCUUAUUUCCACCUCACCUAGUUUAUGUCCCCUGGGCAGAGACUGGGUCUUCUGGGAACCUAGACCUAAACUUGGCUGUUCUUGUUUGAGAUGCAGUCUCCCUAUCCGGGGCUCAACCAAUCCUGCUUCAGCCUCCCAAGCACUGGAACUACAGGUGCACACAACCAUGCCUGGCCACGGUGACCCUUUGGGAGGACCAGAGGACCAAGACCUGAGCUUGUUUGGUUCUCCCCCACUUAAGGAGCAGAAGGACAAAUGACUGUGACUAGAGGUUUCAACAUACACUGGUUAUGGUAUGUUUAGAGAGACUGAACAGAAAGGAAAUUAAACCCUUGUAAUUUCCACUUUGCUUGGGUUUUUCUUAGUCUAGUUUUGUUUGUUUUUUGUUUUUUUGGUGGGUUUUUUGUUUGUUUUGGUACUGGGGUUUUG